GGUAAGCUGUUUGUGUAGAAGAUAUCUAAUCAGAAUUAUUUAUCUUCCAUGUUUGCUUCUUUCUUUUUAAUGUACUCUAAUUAAAACCAGAAACAUUUAAUGACAUUAUUUAAGAAAGUCAAGCAAAACGGUCAGCACAAAUUAACAUUAAGCUACAAUAAGACAUGGAUGGCUUAUGAUCUCUGCUAUUGGUUUUUCAUGGACAGAUAGGAGGCUGCUGCCUCUCCUGAAAGGGCCUUUGUUUAACCACCUGAUUUGUAGAAGGCAAUUAUUGUUCUACUCAUCUGUAGUUACAAACAAGAGACCAGCUCAUUAUAAACAGGACUGUUUGAAAAAUGGAUAGACCAGUUUUCCAACAGGACAAAAAACCCCCUCAUCUAACUGGACUUCAAAGGAAUCUUCUAAUUUUGCUAACAUUUGCUAUUUUUGUGGGGUUUUCCACUAGCAAUAUGGUAUCUUUUUUUGUUGUACUGUAUUCUUUAAUAUUUUAUGUAUUUUUGUGUAAAUUUUAAUAAAGGCAAAGUUUUAGGUAAUAUCAUUACACAACAGGCCACAAUACCCCAUCCCUUUAUGAAUUCAAAUCACAAUGUAGCCUUAACAUUUUGGAUAGUUAACAGUGUUUGAUGUAUUUCGCACCCAAUGAUAGGAAGAGGAAAAAGCUCGGGAAUGCAGCAGAAUUGACACCAUAAAGCAUAUUGCUUGCAGCUUGUGGGAUCACUGAAGAUACUUUCAGCAUCAAUAUGCUUUUCCAAGUAUUUGCAAAUAAUUAUAUUUAUGCCACAGAAUGGUCUGAUCUCAGGAGCUCCAUCCUGUAGCUAAUUAGUGCUCGACAGUCUGCACUCUGCUAUGCAUACCCAUGGGACUGGCAUAUUACAAUAACAGGAGCUGUUUUGCCAUUUCCCGUAGCUGAAUCUCAGUUUUGAUUUGUUUGCUGUUUUUAUUAAAAUCUUGAUUGCUGGAGUUAGGAGAUCAAGAGAUAAUCUCGAUUGUCAUUCAAAUGAUGCCAAAGCCUAGCCACCAAGAAUGCAAUGAACAUUUGAUGUAUGAACACAGCCUAAAGCUGUCUUCCUGUCACUGUAGCAGCAUCACAUACUAGGGGUUAACCUCUUCAAAAAGGGUUAACCUCUUCAAAUUUUUGAAUGACUCCAAAAUUACCAGCCUCCCUUCUAACAUUUGAGGACCAAAGAUCGCAAGAGACCUGCUAACGCUGUGAUGAUUAGCAGGGAUUAAAAGGUAAAUAACAUGGUUUGCUUUGCACCCAGGCAACUUUUUUGUAGUUUCUGUAACCACGCUGAGGUCUCACAGUGGCUGAGUGGACUUAUCUUUGUACAUGGACCAUUGCAUUUACUUCCUGACAAUGCAAACUCAGUGUUAUAUUUUUAUAUACCAUCUAGAAUAUAGAAAUAAUUGGUAUCAGUAACGUUGGACUGUUACACACUACUAAGCUGGAAAAAAAAACAACAACGGGAGCAACAGAAAGCCUUUUGCUGUAACUUUCAUAGUCUGUUGCUGUUAUUCUUUCUAUGUUAUACAUUAAAACUGUUUCACCCCUAGUUGACAUUUACAGAAAGGUAAUGGUGUUCUAAGCUUCAUAGCUGAGUAAAACUCAGUUUCCUACUCUGUAUGUGACAUCAGAACUGGUCCUUACUGGGGCAGUGCAUUCACCGGUGAAAAGGAAUCAAAACAAAGCAUCUUCAGUUCAAGUUGAAACUUGUCGUUUCAAGCAGGACAAUGUGGAGGCAGAAAGUUGAAAAAGUGAGCUCUGCCAUGUCCUCUCUCUCCCGAAAGGAGGGAUGUCUGCCCUGGUCCAGACAUCUCACACUGCAGUGAUAUCAGCAUACUCUUAGUGUAGACAGAGAGUUAAGUUCACUGGUAGCAAGAAGCCAGUGAUUUUUGGACUUCUGCAACUUCAGCUCUAGGCAGACAGGGGUGGAAAACCAGGUCAGAGUCAGGCCCAAUAUGUUCGCCCUGGCUGGAAGCAGAAAUCAAGCCUUCAGCAUUUUGUUCAAGCUAAACAGUAAAAUCCUUCAGUGUUCCAAAUGUGUGACAGUCUCUGCAGAAAUGACAGUAGGCACGCCUGCCAGGAACCUUGAGAUGGAUGCUUUCUCCCAUUUAGCAAGGCACCGCAUCAUCUCCUAGACUGAAACAUGUUGUUGCCAGUAUUUCCAGCUUCACUGAGAUGCGUCAAACCUCUCCCCCGCCCCGCCUCCAGCAGAGACACGGAACCGCACGGCACCGCCACCGAGAGAUUUACUGUCUCCUCAGCAGAUUGUGGGGAACGGGCAGCGUAUGGUGGGGAAAACACAGACACAGGCGCAUGCGUGCGCGCAGCCGGAGGGAGGUAAGUCCAGCCCCCAGCAGCGGGGUCAUCCUUCUGCUGCUGGAUUUUUCCAGCUGGAGCAUUUUGCAGGCUCUCGCUGUAAUUUAUGGAAAUGGGUUUCUGACGUGUGGCUUCUUCUGUUACGGCAAGGGACCCACCGACCGGAGGAGGCAGAGCUGCAGUCAGGGUAGGAGAAGAGAGUGAGAGGAAGAAGAGGUGGGUACCAGGGGGACACCGGCGGAGCAGAGAGGACAGAAGGAGAAAAAGGCACAGAUAAGCUUCAGAGAUGGGUGAGUUGUAACUAAGAGAGCAGGAAAAAAGGCAGAGAAAGGGAGACAAGAGGAAGGCAGAGAGCUGUGGGGAAGGGAAAGUUGCUCAGAGACUGAGUCAGCCUCAAGAGGGCAAACACCAGGAGGCAAGUGCAAGAAACUCCCCAGCAUAUCAAGAAGGACCUGUUCUGUCUGAAUCUUUACGAUGAACACAAGGAAGAGCUGCCCCCUGCCACUGGAGCAAGGAGACCAGGAGGAAAAGCAGAAUGAGGGUACUCCUGGCCAGGGGCAACAGGAGUGCGAGAUGGAACUGAGGAACAAAGCUAUUCUCCAACAGAAGAGGCGCCUUAAACAGGCCACCCAGUUUGUGCACAAGGACUCUGCUGACCUGCUGCCCCUGGAUGGCUUGACAAGACUUGGCACCUCCAAGGAUCUGCAGCCACAUAGUGUGGUCCAGCGGCGCCUCUUGGAAGGCAAUCUGAACAAGAUGAGGGGCAAGACCAGGGUUCAGUCUGCACGGGUUCAAUCUCCGCUGGCAAAAGACCAGGAUGAAAAGAUGAAAAAGGGAGAAGACAGGAGAAAAGAGACUUCACUCCUACUAAUACAGUGCCAGUGCCAAGGUCAGAUACUGAAAGCGACUGUUAACACUGGCUGUCUACCAAAUCUCAUCUCCAAGAGCUGUUUAAACCAGCUGGGGCUGGAAGAAGUGUCUGCCAUGGACUGUGGAGACCUCUCUCUUCCCAUCCUCAGCGUUGUUGGCCGAGUAGAACAUAUGGAGUUGCAAUUUGGCCAGGAGACAGUGCUGUGUUCAGCACUGGUUGUAGAUGAUGAAAUGCUGGAGUUUUGCAUUGGUCUCCAGACUCUGUUGUCUCUCAAGUGUUGCAUUGAUUUGGAGGAGGGAGUCCUGAGAUUUAAAGCAUUGAGUCAAGAACUGCCUUUUCUACACGCCUCCGAAGAGCCUGGUCAGUGACUGGCUGCAUCCCACACGUCUGGGGCUGAAGAGACUCGCUGCUGUGAGAGACAUAGAUGAGGGCCUAUCACCUCUGCCGCGUCAUCAGAGAUCCUGCCACUCAGUUCAAAUGCUGCAAUGAAUUACACAACCCAGAGUCUUCUGCUCUGUGAGCUCCUUUCUUUCAACUUGAAAUCUAGUGACUGGACACAUACACACCAUCAGCCUUAAGUCCCAGCAUCUCACAGCCCAUCAACUUCGCUACUCCUGCAUGAAACAAGAACCAGAUUCCCUUGCAGUAUCAGCUCAGGUCAGAGAGCUGCGAACUCAUCUGGGAUGACCAAGGUGAUUAUUAAGUUACUUAACUGUUAGGGUUUUAAAAUUUUUUAAUUUAAUUUUUUUUUAGUUUUUUAACAGAGCGUAGCUGUAUGAUAAAUAUAUAGUCUAUUAUUUACUAGCUGUAGGAAAGAUGCACCAGAUCAGGUCUCGUUCCAUGCCUCGUGAUUACUAAUUCACCAUCCAAACUCUGCACAAUGUCCCUUUGUCCACCCCUAGAAUGUCACGACACCUCCAUUUUGCCAGUCUUCCUGGAUUAAACACCACUUGCUCUCUUCCUUUUUUAUCAAACUGUUCAUUGUUGUUGUGCUUCUCCAAGAACUUGUGUACGCGUUUUUGCUUUCUUCUGCUAGUUCUUUCCCAAAUCAGAUGCUGUAUUCUGUAGUUUAACACCCGCUGAGGACAGCAGAGUUACAGCCUGGCUGCUGUGAUUUCUGA